UUGAAUACAUGAUUCUGGCAACCAUCAUUGCAAACUGCAUCGUUCUGGCCCUGGAACAGCACCUUCCUGAAGAUGACAAGACACCUAUGUCUCGGAGAUUAGAGAAGACAGAACCUUAUUUCAUUGGGAUCUUUUGCUUUGAAGCCGGCAUUAAAAUAGUCGCUUUGGGAUUCGUUUUCCACAAGGGCUCCUACUUACGGAAUGGAUGGAAUGUCAUGGAUUUCAUUGUGGUCCUGAGCGGCAUCCUCGCCACAGCAGGGACACAUUUCAACACCCAUGUGGACCUGAGGACACUGCGGGCAGUGCGAGUGCUCAGACCCUUGAAGCUUGUCUCAGGCAUUCCUAGUUUACAGAUUGUGCUCAAAUCCAUCAUGAAGGCCAUGGUGCCUCUCCUGCAGAUUGGUCUCCUCCUCUUUUUCGCCAUCCUGAUGUUUGCAAUCAUUGGCCUGGAGUUCUAUAGCGGAAAGCUUCACCGGGCUUGCUACGUAAACAAUUCAGGUGAAUUGCAAGAGUUGGACCCGCCUCAUCCCUGUGGAGUACAAGGAUGCCCUACAGGUUAUGAGUGCAGAGAGUGGAUUGGUCCCAACGACGGGAUCACUCAGUUUGACAACAUCCUCUUUGCUGUGUUGACUGUCUUCCAGUGCAUCACCAUGGAAGGAUGGACUACAGUGCUGUACAAUACCAAUGAUGCCUUAGGAGCCACCUGGAACUGGCUGUACUUUAUCCCCCUCAUCAUUAUUGGAUCUUUCUUUGUUCUCAACCUCGUCCUUGGAGUGCUUUCUGGGGAAUUUGCCAAAGAGAGAGAGCGAGUGGAAAAUCGCCGGGCCUUCAUGAAACUGAGGAGGCAGCAGCAGAUUGAACGGGAGCUGAACGGCUACCGGGCUUGGAUAGAUAAAGCAGAGGAAGUCAUGCUGGCUGAAGAGAACAAAAAUUCUGGCACAUCGGCAUUAGAAGUUCUCAGGAGGGCGACCAUUAAAAGGAAUCGGACAGAAGUAAUGAAUCGUGACUCCAGCGAUGAGCGUGUCGAUAUCUCCUCUGUCGGCACCCCCCUCGCUCGGGCCAGCAUCAAGAGCGCCAAACUGGACGGCGCCUCGUACUUCCGACACAAGGAGCGGCUCCUGCGCAUAUCUGUCCGCCACAUGGUGAAAUCCCAGGUGUUCUAUUGGCUCGUCUUGAGCAUCGUGGCCCUCAACACGGCCUGCGUGGCCAUCGUCCAUCACAGCCAACCUCCUUGGCUCACACACCUCCUCUACUAUGCAGAGUUUAUAUUUCUGGGCCUCUUCCUCCUAGAGAUGUCCUUGAAGAUGUACGGGAUGGGGCCCCGUCUUUAUUUUCAUUCUUCUUUCAACUGCUUUGACUGUGGGGUCACAGUGGGAAGCAUCUUUGAAGUGGUUUGGACUAUCUUCAGACCGGGAACCUCUUUUGGGAUUAGCGUCUUACGAGCCCUGCGACUUCUAAGGAUAUUUAAAAUCACAAAGUAUUGGGCUUCCUUGAGGAAUUUGGUGGUCUCACUGAUGAGUUCUAUGAAGUCUAUUAUCAGCCUCCUCUUCCUCCUUUUCCUCUUCAUUGUAGUCUUUGCCCUGCUUGGGAUGCAGCUCUUCGGUGGCAGAUUUAAUUUUAUGGAUGGGACUCCUUCUGCAAACUUCGACACCUUCCCUGCAGCCAUCAUGACAGUUUUCCAGAUUUUGACAGGUGAAGACUGGAAUGAAGUGAUGUACAAUGGAAUUCGCUCCCAAGGUGGCGUCAGCUCAGGAAUGUGGUCAUCCAUCUACUUCAUCAUCCUCACGCUCUUUGGAAACUAUACCCUGCUUAAUGUUUUCUUGGCCAUUGCUGUGGAUAACCUAGCUAAUGCGCAGGAGCUGACAAAGGAUGAGCAGGAAGAAGAAGAGGCUUUUAAUCAGAAGCAUGCCUUGCAGAAAGCCAAGGAAGUCAGUCCAAUGUCUGCCCCCAACAUGCCUGCUAUAGAGAGGGAGAGGAGAAGGAGGCACCAUAUGUCUGUGUGGGAACAGCGGACCAGCCAGCUGCGCCGCCACAUGCAGAUGUCCAGCCAGGAGGGCAUCAACAAGGACGACCCUUCUCUGCUCAACCCUCAUGCCAACGCUUUCCGGAGGAGAAGGCUGCUAGAGAACACCGGCCUCGAAAAGAACGAGGAGGAGCGGACAGAAAGGUCAGAGCGGGCAAACGAAGAAGGGCCGGCCCUGCAAACCCCAGGUUCCAAUCCCUGCCCAGGCAGCAAGGAAGACCAGAAGAGCGCGUGGCACCACAAAUCCUUCCACGGGAACUGUGAUCUGAACGAGCAGGAAGGCGGAGGGAGCGUGACCUUUGAGGACAGGGCCCGGCUCAGGCAAAGCCAGAGGCGUAGCCGUCACCGCAGGGUGAGGACGGAAGCCAAGGAGAACAGGUCAGCCAGCCAAGAGGCCGGCCCCGAAGCGGUCAGCCCCGCAGAGGGAGAGCAGAACCAGGAGCAGAAGAAGAACGAAGAGGAAAAGGAGGGCUUGAUCGAAAAGGAGCCGGUGGUCGGCGAGGAGCUGAAAAGUGUCUGCCGCCCGGGCCAGCCUCCAGAAGGUGUGCACAGCGGCGGCAGCCACAGAGGAGGAUCGCCUCCCGCGUCCUCCUCCCCACAGUGCCUCUGCUCGCCAGUUAGCAACAAGACAGAUGGAGAAGCCAGCCCUUUGAAGGAGGCAGAGACAAAGGAAGAGGAGGAAGCAGAGGCAGAGAAGAAGAAGAAGCAGAAGAAGCAGAAAAAGAAGAAAUCUGCAACGGGCAAACCCAUGGUGCCUCACAGCUCGAUGUUUAUCUUCAGCACCACAAACCCAAUCCGAAGAGUCUGCCAUUACAUCGUCAACCUGCGCUAUUUUGAGAUGUGCAUCCUUCUGGUGAUUGCAGCCAGCAGCAUUGCCUUGGCAGCGGAGGACCCUGUCUUGACCAACUCGGAGAGGAAUAAAGUCCUGAGAUACUUUGACUAUGUUUUCACUGGCGUCUUUACCUUUGAGAUGGUUAUCAAGAUGAUAGAUCAGGGAUUAAUCCUGCAAGACGGCUCCUAUUUCCGAGAUCUCUGGAACAUCCUGGACUUCAUUGUGGUGGUUGGAGCCUUGAUGGCCUUUGCCUUGGCGUCAAACAAAGGUCGGGACAUAAAAACUAUUAAGUCUCUGCGUGUUCUACGAGUCUUGAGGCCUUUGAAGACCAUCAAGCGGUUGCCCAAACUCAAGGCCGUCUUUGACUGCGUUGUAACUUCGCUGAAGAACGUCUUCAACAUCCUCAUUGUCUACAAGCUCUUCAUGUUCAUCUUUGCGGUCAUCGCCGUUCAGCUCUUCAAGGGCAAAUUCUUCUAUUGUACGGACAGUUCAAAAGAUACAGAGAAAGACUGCAUAGGCCACUAUGUGGACCACGAGAAAAACACGAUGGAAGUGAAAUGCCGGAAAUGGAAGCGCCACGAAUUCCACUACGACAAUAUCAUGUGGGCUCUUCUUACCCUCUUCACUGUCUCCACCGGAGAGGGGUGGCCACAGGUUCUGCAGCAUUCGGUGGAUGUGACUGAGGAGGACCGUGGCCCCAGCCGCAGCAACCGCAUGGAGAUGUCCAUUUUCUAUGUGGUGUAUUUUGUGGUCUUCCCUUUUUUCUUUGUGAACAUCUUUGUGGCUCUCAUCAUCAUCACUUUCCAGGAGCAAGGAGACAAAAUGAUGGAGGAGUGCAGCCUCGAGAAGAACGAGAGAGCGUGCAUUGACUUUGCCAUCAGUGCCAAACCCCUCACCCGCUACAUGCCGCAAAACCGGCACACCUUUCAGUACCGGGUCUGGCACUUUGUAGUCUCCCCAUCGUUUGAGUACACCAUUAUGGCGAUGAUAGCGCUGAACACUGUGGUUCUAAUGAUGAAGUACUAUUCUGCUCCCUACACCUAUGAACUAGCUCUGAAGUACCUGAACAUUGCUUUUACCAUGGUUUUCUCACUGGAAUGUGUCCUGAAAAUUAUAGCUUUUGGCUUUCUGAAUUAUUUUCGUGACACCUGGAACAUCUUUGAUUUCAUCACCGUGAUUGGCAGCAUUACAGAAAUUAUCUUGACGGACAGCAAGCUGGUCAAUACCAGCAGCUUCAACAUGAGCUUUCUGAAGUUGUUCCGGGCUGCCCGUCUCAUCAAAUUGCUCCGCCAAGGUUACACCAUCCGCAUUCUGCUGUGGACUUUUGUGCAGUCCUUCAAGGCCCUCCCCUAUGUCUGUCUCCUGAUUGCAAUGCUCUUCUUCAUUUAUGCCAUCAUUGGGAUGCAGGUUUUUGGGAAUAUCAAACUAGAUGAAGAAAGCCACAUUAAUCGUCACAACAAUUUCCGCAGCUUUCUGGGCUCACUGAUGCUUCUUUUCAGGAGCGCCACAGGGGAAGCAUGGCAGGAGAUCAUGCUUUCAUGCCUGGAAGGUAAAGGAUGUGAGUCGGACACCACAGCAACAUCUGGGCAGAAUGAGAACGAGCGAUGUGGCACCAAUCUGGCAUACGUAUACUUUGUCUCCUUUAUCUUCUUCUGCUCCUUUUUGAUGCUCAAUCUCUUUGUGGCUGUCAUCAUGGACAAUUUUGAAUACCUGACUCGAGAUUCCUCCAUCUUGGGACCGCAUCACCUUGACGAAUUUGUCCGGAUUUGGGCAGAGUAUGACAGAGCUGCGUGUGGCAGGAUCCUGUAUAAGGAUAUGUACACAUUAGUACGGGUGAUCUCGCCUCCUCUGGGCCUGGGAGAGAACUGCCCCUACAGGGUGGCGUACAAGAGGCUGGUCCUGAUGAAUAUGCCAGUGGCCGAGGACAACACAGUCCAUUUCAGCUCCACCUUGAUGGCUCUCAUUCGAACAGCUUUGGACAUUAAGAUUGCUAAAGGUGGUGCAGACUGGCAGCAGCUGGACUCCGAGCUCCAGAAAGAGAUUUUGACCAUCUGGCCUCACCUCUCACAGAAGAUGCUGGACCUGUUGGUGCCUAUGCCCAAAACUACGGACCUGACAAUUGGAAAAAUCUAUGCAGCCAUGAUGAUAAUGGACUAUUAUAAGCAGAGUAAAGCUAAAAAACAAAGGCAGCAACUGGAAGAACAGAAAAAUGCCCCAAUGUUCCAGCGCAUGGAGCCUUCCUCUCUUCCUCAGGAGAUCAUUUCUAAUGCCAAAGCUUUGCCUUACCUCCAGCAAGAUACCCUUUCAGGACUGAGCAGCCGGAGUGGGUUCCCUUCCCUGAGCCCACUCUCUCCCCAAGAGAUAUUCCAGCUGGCUUGCAUGGAUCCAUCCCAAGGGGAAUAUCAAGAGCAGCAAUCUCUGGAGCCAGAGGUUAGAGAGUUUAAAAGAGUGCGGCCCCCUAACUGUGGCAGCUACCUCCCGGUGGAUACUCAGGAACGAGCUGUAUCUGGGAGGGCCUCUUCCAUGCCACGCCUGACUGUGGAUCCCCAGGUGGUUACAGAUCCAGGCUCCAUGAGACGGUCCUUUUCUACGAUUCGAGACAAGCGGACAAACACCUCCUGGUUAGAUGAGUUAUCCAUGGAAAGGAGCAGCGAAAACACCUACAAGUCCCGCCGGCGCAGUUACCAUUCUGCACUGCACCUGUCUUCAAGGCGCCUCAACACAGAUUCAGGCCAUCGAUCCGACACACAUCGGUCAGGAGGCAGAGAGCGAGGCCGAUCCAAGGAACGCAAACAUCUACUAUCCCCAGACAUUUCCCGCUGCAACUCAGAGGAAAGGAGUCCACAGGCAGAUGGCGACUCUCCAGAACGACAUCAGUCCAGGUCUCCCAGUGAAGGCAGGUCACAAACUCCCAACAUACAGGGCACUGGCUCCUUGAGCGAGAGUUCCAUCCCGUCGCUAUCUGACACCAGCACGCCAAGGCGAAGCCGCCGCCAGCUCCCUCCGGUGCCACCAAAGCCACGCCCCCUCGUCUCCUAUGCUGCCAUGAUGCAGCACUGUGGAGACACCUCCCCACAGCCUGACGAUAGCGAGGGUGGCUCUCCUCUGCUUUCCGGGGUUCUGGAGACAAACAACACCUGCUUGACUGAGUCUUCCAGCUCCCCGCAAGGAAAGCAGAGCCUUCUCUCGACCCCUCAGCGCUAUAUCUCGGAGCCUUAUCUGAUGCUCCAGGAUGACUCCCACGCUUCAGACUGUGGUGAGGAGGAGACGCUCACCUUUGAGGCUGCCGUGGCCACCAGCCUUGGCCGCUCCAACACGAUUGCGGUAGGCCCUCGCUCAAGGCACAGCUGGCAGAUGCCAAAUGGGCACUACCGGAGGAGGAGGAGAGGGGCGUCGCAGGGGGUGAUGUGCGGGGCUGGCAUCGACGUACUAAGCGAUACGGAAGAAGAUGACAAGUGCUAGAGGCUGCCUGCCCCUCCUCCCCUGCUCUCCUCUGACGCAUGCUGUUUGCCACAUUUGGAACGGAAUGAAACGGAAAUCAGAUGCAGCAGAAACAGACCCUCUGUGCAACCACAACAAAAAAGCCCAAAGCUCCUGUUCUUUGUCCUCUCUACUUCCCUUUUGUUUUAAUUGCACAGGGAAGCAUUUGAUAAGCUCCUGCAACCAUGGACCCAGCAGAGGUGCACCUGUUCGUUGAGUGAGAGCGAGCUAUGGCAACAGCAGCCUUCAACCCAACAGCCACAUGGGUCUCCGUCCCCCCAAAAAAUCCUAAGAGUGUGUGCCGAGGAAGGCCUGAAGUUACUCGAGAGGCACAGCAAGGGAUACUAGGGUGGGGUGGGGAUUAAAAAGAAGAAGAUUGUUGUUUUGCCUCUUUGACACUUGGCAAAAAAAAGAAAAGGAGACCAGAGAAGGAAGUCAAGUUGGUGGCUUGAAGUGCAUGUGGUUAUUCCCAUGAGAUGUCCACCUUCAGGUGACCCCUCUUACGCCGUUCAACCAAUGGGAUGAGUCAAGAUUGAGGGAUUUGUCCAGAGUGGAAGUCACAGCAUUCGGCCCUCCUGCAGUACGUGCGGUUUUGGGGUGGUUCUUCGUAUCGAUCUUCGGGCGAAGCUGAAGGACAGAGUGCGGGGAAAGAGGGGGACCACAUAGUGAGAAGGGCUUGGCUUGUGUGAAACCGACUCUGAGUGUUUCAUACCAAGACCAGUGGGUUAAGGAUGGGGAAAGGGCAGGACUACUGAUGAGAUGUGUCUUUAUAUUCUGAGUUUGGAAUGUAUGGAAAGUAUAUAUGAACAUGCACACAUGCAGAGAUUUAUUUUAAUAAGCUGGCAUGUACUAGCACCGAGGCCAUAUCUUCCCUGACCCUAAAAAAUAGGGAGCAUCUUGUCUUAGGGAGCCGUAAAAUAUCAGAGAUGCUAGUUACAGAAGCCACUAAAUUCUGACCCCUCUUUCCCCUCAAUCAUCUUUACUUUGGCAUUGCAUUGCCCACCCUAAGUAGCAGAAAGAGCUUCAUGCAGAGGUGUGGUGCUGCUUGUUCAUUGAGCCAUAUUUUGAUUAGAAAUUGAUGAGUCAACGAAGAGGGGUAUGUAUGCCAUCCUCAUACAUUUGUUUCCCGUGGGAUUGUUACGGCUCUGGAAUAAGACAACUUUUGAACCCAACAACACCUUAGAUCUGGCGGCUUUGCGAAUGGUUCUAGGUGUAGGUUUGGUCCAAUCCAGCAGGGAAGUCCUUAUGUGUUUGUAGGAAUGGCCCUUCAAGUAAGGAUCAGCAGCAGACACCAGUUGGUAGCCAGUGGCAUAUGCCAAUAAGCACAGAGCAGGGUUCUUGUUCCAUCUCUCUCUCUCUCUCUGCAGCAUCUCAGUUUGCGGGGUGGGAUGGGGGGUAGGCAGCAGAUCUUUCCUUUCCUCAGUUUGGAAGACAGUAGGCUUGUUGAUGGGGGGUGGGUUGAAUCAUUGCUUCAUCAUCUCCCCUGGAAUACUUUUUGCAGGUGGCAUUUUGAUUGGUAAGCUUAUGUUCCCACAUACGGUUUUGUCAGAAAGCAAAGUAAAACACCAGAAGGAGAGGAAAGGUGAGAGUGGAGGAAAGUAGGUGAGGCAAAAUGGCCUUUACUUGAGAGUAAGGCAGUGUCCCAAAAGAUGCUGGCAGACAUCUCCCAAACUCACAAGGUAUGAAACAACAGGCCAGUAGCCAUAAGCUUCUGCGGAACAGCCUAACAGUCUCUUGAGAGCCGGGAGCUCUCAAAGCUGGCAGGCAUAUUCAAUGGAUGGAAAUAUGCAGCAGUAAAAGGUCAAGCUCAAAAAUCAAUCUGGUAGGCUAGGGGAAUGUGGAUGCUGUAAGGUUCUUACAGUUGGUUGUAAAUGCAGAAAGGUAUGAACAAGAUUUUCUGCAGAGCUUGCAACGUUUCAAACAAAAAACCACAUAUGGAACUGUUUUGUGGCUACAUUCCAGCUUGUAAUUGAUCUGGUAAUUACAUUUGCCUAGCAUAAAUUUCCUCUGCGCUGUGCUUCUUUACUUGGACCGGUUCUAGCGUUAAUAGUUGUUAAAAUGUGCCUCUGCCACUCACUAUCCAAUUCCAUAGGGGAGUAUGGGGAAAGGAAUCACUUUUUACAGAGCCACCACAGGAUGUGACCUCCAAUGCUUCCCUUGCUAUGGCAGAUGCGGUAAGCGCUGAUCCAUUUCAAAAAGGGCAGCUUUUUGGAGAAAUGUUAAGAGCCUGCCUUAUGCCCAAUCAGUGCAGAAGCUCUCCAGGAUUCUAGACAGGAGCCUUUCGCAACCCUACCUGGAGGCGCCAGUGCGAAUUCUGAAGAAUGGCUGUGUUUCGGUCUGCAAAUUGUGUUGGAAAGCGUGACUCGAGAUAGGUUUGCCUCUGAAUGCUAACUACAUCAGAUUUAUCCCAUCUCUACCCCAGAAGUAAGCAAAGGCCUCUUCAGUUAAAGAGGAGAGCUGCAGAAGGAUUUGGCAAGGAGUGCUGCCUUUCUCAGACGUCAGUUUGGAAACUAAAAUACCGGUAACACACACACACCCGUUCCCUCCUCCCCAGGCAGGCUCCCAGUUUAACUGGAAGAGGAUACUCCUUGACACCAAAACCCACUUUCUACCUCCUCCCUAGUCAUUCAUGACUGCCAUUCAUCUCUCUGCUAGGGAACGGGUAUCUGUCUCUGAGCUACAGAUCUAGAGAGGUUAGGCUGAACAAUUCUGACAAGGUCAAGAUCACCAGUGAGCUUCAUGGCUGUGCGGGGAUUUGAGCCCAGGCCAUCACCUUUGGCCAAGAUGUAUUUCCCCAUGAUAAAAGCUUACGGGAGGAAGUGGUGCUGGCUUGCCAUGAAAUGCCAGCGUGAGGGGCUCUGCUCCACCCCCACCCCCAAAUGGGCUGUAAAUAAAAGAGUUGGCAUCUCGAGCUUCUAACUGCAAAGGGUUUUCCGAUAAUUAGCCAAGCUUUCUGUAAAUAUACAACGGGGGCUGAGUUCAUGUAAGGAAGGAGUUUCUUUGUGCGUACUGGGGUGGGAGGGGGGAAAUGCAGAGAAGAUCCUUGUUCUCUGAAGAAUAUCUCAAUUAUGCCUUUUUUUAUUUUGGAGACCGGCAAGUGUGCUAUGAAGUUUAUAUAAGAAUUUUGAAAUAUUUCUACCUUUUUAGGGUGUGUGUGUGCAGAGUGGACCCUAUCUUUCAUGUUUUAUAUCACUUCAGCCUAUGAUCUAGAGAUCGCUUGUAUGAAAGCUUGGCUUUGGUGGCUCUCAGCUCCCGAGCUACAGAUGAGACAUUGUGCAGCCUUUUAGCUCAAGAACCUUGAUGGACAAAUCUGUGGUUACAUAAGUGGAGCUAUAUUGGACCUCAGAACUUCUAGUUAGCUGUGUAAUUGCUAGUUUCAUGGUUCAUUGUUGUAUAUUGGAGCUGGGAUGAAGCCUUGAUUUGCUGGUUUUACUCUGAGUAGAAAGCACUUGACGAGUCAGCUGGUUCUCCUAGGAGUGAGAGCUCAUCUGCUUGAGUUAGGGGGCUGUUUGAUGUACCCCUCUCUCCUCCUCAGCAGCUGAAUUGUGGCCAAUGAACUAGUAAGACUUUCUCCAUGAUCUGUGGGUACUCUAUUUUUUACAUGUUACAUGUUAGUGUGGAAGGCAGGCAAGGAAGGGAACAAACGAUCAAAAACAACAAUUAAAGUACAGUACCAUAAAAAAUAAAGAAGGAAGAAAAGGAGGGGGUCCCUAUCUCUGAGUUCAGUAAAAUUGAAAGCUCUCAAUCCAGGAAAUGGACUAAUCAUCUCUAAAUCAUAUUGAAUGCAAUGGGACAUAAUUUAGUUGUCACUGAAUUCAGUGAUUGGAAUGAACUAGUUUAGUUGAACAAAGUUCACUGAACUAGUUUUAAAAUCUGUGAACUAUACCUGAAAGCAGUUCCCAGAAUUGCUGAUUGAAGUAAAGGUGAAUUAAGUUGAUUUGGAGUAGAACUUUGUAUGCUUUCUAGUUCACCUUCACAUUCAUUCUCUUACCUCGACUCCAAGCAGGAGGCCCAGAGUCUUUGCUUUCAUUUUUAAAAAAUAAACAUAAGUUAGAAAUCUCUAGAGAAAGUUAUAAAUCAAAAUAUGGAGGCAAUGUUCUAAGGCUUUUUAAGCAGAUACACAGGCACUGUUGUUGCUAAGGACACUUGCCACUUAAUCACUACUGCUUUACUGCUAAGCCAUCAGAAGAAAGGAAUGUGAGGCAUUCCUGUAUCCUCCCUAAAUAAAUUUGCUUCCUCCCAACAGAAGCACCUUGCAGCAAGAAGUACAGGCGGGAAUGAAGCGAAUGAUGCCUUGUGCCUUUAACAGCUGUGUGGCUGCCACAAAUUAUCCAGGGUGAGCCUUUUCUAGUACGGAAAUACUUGAAAAUUCUACUAGAUUCUACUAGAAAUACUAGAAAUUUUAAUAGGGAAAGUUUCACCUGUUAACAGUCUGCUUGUAAGACAUCUUAUUACUUGUGUUUGGCCCCUGAUUUAGUUUUGAGUGCUAUGCUUCAGCACAGCAGCACAUAAUAUUCUGGAGGCUGGAAAAAUGUUUCUGAGAAUGAACUUCCUAUCAGCUAAAAAGUUCAUUCUGAAGGCUGCAAAAAAAGUUUCUGAGAACGACCUUUCUAUCAGUUAAAAAGUUAAUUUGGAUGAACUUGUUUGUUUUGUGAAAUGGUAAACCGGAACUAGUUCCUUUUUGGAUAGGACACUACUAGUUCCAUUUUUAAAUGACCUUUCCAAGCACUU